UUCGAGUUUAAUGUCACAUAAAACAAUGGCAUGCUAUGCUGCAGUAAUUAAUUAUUUUAAACAAUCUACACCAAAUCUUCAAGUUUUAUCAGUAACUACUGAUUUUGAAAUCGGCCUACGAAAUGUAUUUCGAAGAUAUUAUCCCACCGCAAUGAUAAAGGGUUGUUAUUUUCAUUAUAUACAAGCUCUGAUAAAAAAAGCAGAAAAGUUAGGAUUGCUUAACAUUUUGAAAAAUUGGGAUGAUGGGAAAGACUUUUUUAAAAAAAUAGUUGCUCUAGCAUUACUUCCUGCGAAUGAGAUUGAAAAUGCAUUCAACUGGUUAAUUGCAACGCACAAUCCAUUUAUCCCGACUUUUAAAAAAUUUCUGGAGUAUUAUGAAUCAUACUGGAUUAACUGCGUAAAACCAAUCCACUUCUCUGUAUUUGGUUUUAUUAAUAAAACUAAUAAUUUCAUGGAAGCAUACAACCGAUGCUUAAAAUUGCAAUUCGGUAUUCACCCACGAAUUUGGCAAUUUACAGAACACCUAGUAAGACAAUACGAAAAAAUGAAAACUGAACUAAAUUCUUUAAUGAUGUCUCGGCCAGUUCGACAAAUUCAACGGAUUGAAUAUUUUAUUCGAAAAGAAGUACUCAAUAGAGUAUGGGAGUUAUACAGGAACAACGUUUUUGAUUUCAAACGUUUUCUUCAAUGUGCGCAUCAAAUGAUUAAAAUAUUUGUCGAUGAUAAAGUUAUUAGUCAAACAGAUGAAGUUGAUAAUCAUUUGAACGCCGUAAUUAAAAAACAUAUUGCAAUAAAUGACAGUUUAUACGUAACAAUAAAUGAAGAUGAUGAUGAGAACUUUAUAUUUGUUCUAGAUAAAUAAUAUUUUAAUUCUUAUCUAUUAAUAUCUGUUUUCAAUUUAAUUAAUAUUUGUUAAUGAGUACAACAAAUGUUUGGAUUGUGCACCUCAUGUAAGCUUUUAAAAAAAAAUUUU